AUGCCGCGGCGGCUGGCCUGGCUGUGCUGCUGCUGGGCGCUACUGAGCGGCGCCUGCCGCCCCGCGGAGCCCGCGCUGCCCGCGGAGGGCGGGGAGCCGCCGCCGCCGCCCGUCGCCGCCGCCGCCGCCGCCUCGGGCUUCCCUUACCGGCGGCUGAAGUCGCACGAGAAGCGGGAGAUGCAGCGGGAGAUCCUCUCGGUGCUGGGGCUGCCCCACCGCCCCCGGCCGCUGCCGCGGGAGCCGCCGGCCCCGCCGCCGGGGCGCCUGACGGCGGCGCCGCGCUUCAUGCUGGACCUCUACCACGCCCUGGCCGAGAGCGCGGAGGGCAACGCGGGCGCGGAGCGGGGCGGCCGCCCGCCGCCCCCCGCCCCGCCGCCGCUGCCCAGCUCGCAGGACAGCGCCUUCCUCAACGACGCCGACAUGGUCAUGAGCUUCGUCAACCUGGUUGAGUAUGACAAGGAAUUCACACCUCACCAGCGGCACCACAAGGAGUUCAAAUUUAAUUUGUCUCAGAUUCCUGAGGGCGAGGCCGUCACAGCCGCUGAGUUUCGGAUCUACAAGGACUGCGUUGUGGGGAGCUUUAAAAACCAAACCUUCCUUAUCAGCAUCUACCAAGUGCUGCAGGAACAUCAGAACAGGGCCUCUGACCUGUUUCUGCUGGACACGCGGGCGGUGUGGGCCUCAGAGGAGGGCUGGCUGGAGUUUGAUGUCACUGCCACCAGUAACAUGUGGGUGAUGAACCCUCAGCACAACAUGGGACUGCAGCUGAGCGUGGUGACCCAGGAUGGUUUCAGCGUAAAUCCUAGAGAAGCAGGCCUUAUAGGCCGAGAUGGCCCUUACGACAAACAGCCUUUCAUGGUGGCCUUCUUCAAAGUGAGCGAAGUUCACGUACGGACCACUAGGUCAGCAACGAGCAGGCGCAGGCAGCAGAGUCGAAACCGCUCCACCCAGGCUCAGGAUGUUUCCAGGGUGUCUAGUGUCACAGAUUACAACAGCAGUGACUUAAAAACAGCAUGCAGAAAGCAUGAGCUUUACGUUAGCUUCCAAGACUUGGGAUGGCAGGACUGGAUAAUCGCUCCAAAGGGCUACGCAGCCAACUACUGUGAUGGGGAGUGCUCAUUCCCACUCAACGCCCAUAUGAACGCAACCAAUCAUGCCAUUGUACAAACUCUGGUUCAUCUUAUGAAUCCCGAUUACGUUCCCAAACCAUGCUGUGCACCUACCAAGCUAAAUGCCAUAUCUGUUCUUUAUUUCGAUGAUAACUCUAACGUAAUCUUGAAGAAAUACAGGAAUAUGGUAGUAAGAGCUUGUGGAUGUCACUGACAAACAGUCUUCACCUGGACUCUGUGAUUCUACCAUGAACUUCCAUACUACCUUCCACGCUUUCAUGAACUACCUGACCUUGGAGAAAAAAAAUAAUUGAUGAACCACCUUUUAGAACACCACGUAUGUGCCUUGUGGGAGGAAGGGGUGUGGGGACCACACGCUCGGGUGUGAGCAAACCGCUGGACUUCUUACAGACUGACCCUAUGCCCCGGUGGCUGCUCAACUCUGUAGAGCCGGGGUGCGCAAAGCAGCAAUAUGCCCACACACGCUUUAUUUGGCUGGGAUGGUCUUAAUCUCACAUAGCAGCUUGGCCUUAGCAGUUGCUUGGAUGCAUGCUGCAGUUUUACCAGAUGGGCACCCAACACCCAAAACAAGUGAGGGUUUUUGGGGGGGAAGACGAGGGGAGAGACAGGGAAGCUAGAGUAAAGAAAGUGGUGUUAGUACUUCAGACUUAGAGCAUAUCUCUUGUACAAGACAAGAUAAUAAAAAAUUCCUAAGGUUAGGAAUUGCCUUUUGUCUAGAAGGACCAGUUACUACACCUAGACUGUUAGACUCCUCCUGAAAUCUGUCAUGACAGUAAGCAUCUUAAAUUGUGCCAAAGCAAAUGUUUCAGUUCUCUUAUUCUCCAAGCACAGUUUAAGUCUGACCCUGCAAGUGUUAAGAUGGCUUGGCUGCACCCUGUGUUAGAAACACUAGCGUGAACUCAGACCCUGGCUGGUCUUUCCAGUUGACUAUUUGACUGAGCAAUGUAACUUUAGACACUUGUUCUUAUGCAACUUCCUGCCACUCCCCACGCGGAGCCGCCUCAUCUACUACCACUUGCCCAGGAAGGAAGUCGGGACGCUUCUACAGCUGUAAUUCAGAUGUAAAAGUUUAGGGGCCAUUCAUUCUCUAGCUGGACAAUUUAUUUACAAGAAGACAGAAUGUCAACAACAUAUGCAAGUCUUUGGCCAACCUUUCCCCUUCAACUCACGCAACUAACAAACUGGUAUAAAGGAUACAUUCACAGUGUAGCCACAGUUUGUCUAGCAGAAGCUAAUAGCAAAUUGUUUUGAUCAAUAUUAAACUUGUAUUAAAUGCACUUACUUACCUCUAAUUCUUGCAUUUAAAAGGCUUCUUGUAAAUACAAGCUAUAAUUUAUUGCACUUGUCACUGUAUAUUCAUUGUGCUGUAUCAUUUAUAGAAAGACUGCUUUUUUAAAAAGUUUUUAUUUAGAAAAAUCUCAGUGUAAACAAUUGUACCACUUUGAUUUUAUACAAGAAACUCAUGAGAUUGUGCUUCACUAGAAAGUUGUUAAAAACGUGAUAAUAAAGGCUUCCUUUAAGGCAGAAGUAUGUACAUUGAUCUAAUACAUCUGCCAGUACAACACUUAGCUUUCACUGUGGCUUUUUCACCCUUACACAUUUUUAGAUUGAACAGAAUCAAAAGUUCUGGACAGACAGUGAAGUGAAGUACCAGGAGA